AUGCAUGGAGCUCAGGACCUGCACCACCCCCCUCCUCCUGGGACGCCUCCAAUACCUAAAAGCAAACCCAAUCCGCUGUCAACUCCCUCCAAUCCGUUGCUUAACAAUUUCAGAUCGCCACUGCAUCUCCAGCCCAACAACACUUCCUCUCUCCGACCUCACAUCCGCGCCGCCACCUUCGACCGACUCCUCCAACUCCCGCCGCAAAUAGAUCUGCACCGGACAGCCCCCCGCCACCCGCAACCGUCUCCGCGUCGAAACUUAGGUCGGUACCGUCCUUCAUGUUUGGUUCUUGAAAUAUUGGGUUUUGGCGUUGUAUUGCAAAGAGAAGAAAAGUAG